AUGGCCUCUGUUUCUAUGAAACUACUCCAGUCAUUCUACAAUUUGGACCGCCUAGUUUUCUAUCACUUGAUCACUAAACUAGGACACAGUCCAGCACAAUCCCUUCUAGUCAUGGCCUUGUGGAUUUGGCUAGAAAAAGUAGGCUACCCAAGUGUCAUACUAGUAUUGAAUUGUUUCCCUGAUCAUAUCAUCAAUGCAAUUUUCAAUGAAGCGGAUACCUGCUUGAAAUGGUUGCAAGUGGAAAAUGAUCUCAUCCCAAAUGAUGGUGGCUUGCCUUUCACCAGAAUUGCAAUGCGAAUGGAAAUCUCCCUUGAUCUCUUUAUUCGGAGAAGGUUCACUGCUAUAGCUGGUAUAAAAUAUGUGCUCAAUACAAUAUGUGCCAGAAUUUUCAAUGAUAUCUUACAAAAAAGAUUUGGUAGGACCAACACCAAUAUCAGUGCUAGAUCUCGCACCAACACCAAUACCAGAACCAGCCCCAACAUUAGAUCUAGAACCAACACUGAUGCUGGUGUUAGCGCCAUCAUUGGAACAUCACUGCCUUUUCCUGUUACACCCGUAAUUACUCAUGAUUUCCCUCAUUCAGUAUUUGGUACCAGAUCUAGCGCCCAAGCUAGCACCAACGCCAGCACUAGCGCUAGCAAUAAUGCAAGCCCUAGCACAUCACUACAUUUCCCUGUUACACCCUUGGUGGUUCCUGGUUUCCCACAUCCAUUGUUUGGUAAUUUCACAAUACCCCAAAUUAAUUUCGAGGAAAUGAAUUUGUGUGAUUUGAGGAUAUGGGCGAAUAAGGGACCACAUGAUGAUGUUCCUGAUGAUGAUAAGACGAUAUUUUUAACAUUUUCUAAGGGCUUUCCUGUCACAAAAGAGGAGGUGAGGCAUUUAUUUACAAGUUUCUUUGGGAAUUGCAUCAAGGUUUUGAACAUGGAAGAGAAGAGGGAGCAAGUUCUGUUUGCAACUAUGGUGCUGAAUAAAGUGGAACAACUUGAUAUGAUUCUUAACGGGAAAUUCAUUGCAAAGCUUCGUGUCAAUGGUAAACACAUAUGGGCUCGUAAGUAUGAGCGCCGAGAUAAAAAUCGAUGA